AUGACAGCUAUUGCAACAACAGCAGAGGAGGACAACAUCUGUGUAGUCGGCCUAUACAAAAACCACUUUCUACCCAAGAACUUGCAGAUCGUAGGCUAUGCAAGAUCUGCUAUUGAACUAGAUGACUUCCGCAAACGUGUUUCCAGCAAAAUUAAAGUUCAACCUGGUGACGACCUCGAGGGGUUCAUCAAUCGGUGUACAUACGUAUCGGGCAAAUAUGACGUUGAUGCGGACUAUGAAAAGCUAGCUAAAUUUGUGGACUCGGUUGAAGUCGCUGUCUCUGGAAAGCGAAACCGUCUUUUCUACUUGGCUCUCCCUCCCAACGUGUUUGCUGAUGCUAGUAAAGGAAUCAGCAAAUUCCUCCAUACUUCGAAGGGUCAAAAUCAGUUGAUUGUCGAAAAACCUUUUGGUCGAGACUUUGAAACCUCAAAAGCGCUCAGCAAGUCUCUUGCUCAAUACUGGAAGGAAGAUGAGAUUUAUCGCAUCGAUCACUACCUCGGCAAGGAGAUGGUCAAGAAUAUCAUGAUUCUUCGAUUUGCAAACAUCUUUUUUGGAGCAGUUUGGAAUCGCUUCUAUAUUCACAAUGUACAAAUCACCUUCAAAGAAGAUAUUGGUACUGAAGGCAGAGGUGGCUACUUUGAUGAGUUUGGUAUAAUACGAGAUGUGAUGCAAAACCACUUGCUGCAAAUCCUAUCUAUCAUUGGAAUGGAAAAGCCUGUAUCUUUAGAUGCUGAAGAUGUCCGUGAUGAAAAGGUCAAGGUCUUGCGCUGCAUCGCACCACUUACAAUGGAUGACGUGCUACUCGGCCAAUAUACCAAAAGUCUAGACGGUAAAGAAGAAGGCUAUUUGGAAGAUCCAACCGUACCAAAGGGCUCCAACUGUCCAACAUUUGCUGCUGCCGUCUUUUAUAUUCACAACGAGCGCUGGGAUGGAGUGCCAUUCAUCAUGAAGUGUGGAAAGGCUUUGAACGAACGUAAGGCUGAAAUACGUAUACAAUUCGCCGAUGUUCCUGGAAAUAUCUAUGGUGUCGAUGUGGCUCGUAAUGAAUUGGUACUCCGAGUCCAGCCCGACGAAGCAGUAUAUAUGAAGUUUAUGAACAAGCAACCUGGCUUGUCCAAAGCAGCCGUCAUCUCGGAGUUGGACUUGUCCUACAAACGUCGCUUCAAUGAACAUCGAAUUCCAGAGGCAUAUGAAUCCUUGAUUUUAGACGCUAUGAAGGGAGACCGCUCCAACUUUGUCCGAGAUGACGAGUUGGAUGCAGCUUGGAAGAUCUUUACGCCAUUGCUUCAUCGUAUUGAAAAGGAUAACAUAAAGCCUGAAAAGUAUGCUCACGGUAGUCGUGGCCCAGAGUCCUUGGAUAGCUUCAUCUCUAAGCAUGGUUACCAACGCAGUCAUCUCGCUUAUGAAUGGAAAGCCCCUUCAGUCACCAAGUUGUAA